GUCGUCACCACCACCACUACCAACCACCACGAACAGCUUGAGGUGCCUGCUCGAUCCGGCGGCAAUGGCGAUCAAGAAGGGCGGCGCGGCGGGGCUGAAGCAGAUCCUGAAGCGGUGCUCGAGCCUGGGGCGGCGGCAGCAGCAGCAGCAGAGCGGGCGGUGGGAGGAGGAGGAGGAGGAGGUGGAGGAGGAGACGUCCGGGCUGCCGUCCGACGUGCCGAGGGGCCACUUCGCGGUGUACGUCGGCGAGCGGCGGCGGCGGUUCGUGGUGCCCAUCGCGCUGCUGGACCGGCCGGAGUUCCGCUCCCUCCUCCGCCGCGCCGAGGAGGAGUUCGGCUUCGGCGGCGCCGGUGCCGGCGGCCUCCUCGUGCUCCCGUGCGAGGAGGUCGCCUUCCGCUCCCUCACCUCCUCCCUCCAGUACUCCUGAACCCGGUGAACAACGCCGGCCGCCGCCGCCGCAACUGUACACUAGCUAUUCGUCCGUCCAUUGCUCCGGCGAGCUAGCUAUCUAGCAAUGGAGAUCAUCACUAGUACCGUGUAAAUAUAAACCAUUCAUCGAUCGAUUGCUCGGAGUCUGAGCUGAGCUAGCGGCGCAUGCGCGGGUCAGCGCGCGCCCUAGCUAGCUAGCUAGCUCGAUCGCCAUUGGAGAGAGGUAGACGAAGACGAAGACGACGAACUUGGAGCUAGCUAGCAGAAGCUGGUCUCGUUGCAUGUUUCAUGGAGACGUUUUUGUGAGUGAUGUGUUCUUCUUCUUCGAACACCUGAACUGAGAACCAUCAUUCACUUAGUGUUUUUUUUCUCCUUCUCUGUACAUGCAAGGUAAUUAAUUAUUAAUUAAUGGCCGGCUAAUUAAGUACAUAGGUAGCUAGCUAUAGAUAGAGAUAUAUUGUCCAAAAUGCAAUUAUGCAUGCAUGCAUUAAUUCUUGAUAUGUAUACGUCGAUCUCCAAUUAGUUGACAUUUUGAUUGCAAAGAGAGUACUGCUCGUAAUGAUAAUUAAUGGCGAUGAGCUUGAAAAGGUAGCUAAGGCUGCAGCAGCCAGGGUGUAUAUGUGGCAAUGUACAUAUAACGACAUGUGUGUGUGAUAUAUGUGAGAUGAUAUCAGUAAUUACCUGCAGCUAGCUAGCUUUCGGGCUUAAUUGCCGGCCGGCCGUCGAGAACGUCUCAACGUGGGUGUGUUGAGUGCAGAGAGCUAGCCUAAUUUAUUUUUCUGGUCAUUCAUUUUGGCGAUCGCCGUGUACUUGUAUACAACACAAGCGAGGUGUA